AUGGACCUCGCAACGGGGGCCAUGGGCAGUCUGCUCGUCAAGCUUGAUGACCUCCUCACACAGGAGUACAAGCUGCAGACCGGCGUCAAGGAAGACAUCGAGUAUAUGAAGAGAGAACUUACAAGCAUGUACAGUGCUCUCCGCAAGGUUGGGGAUGUGCCACGAGACCAGCUCGACCAGCAGGUCAAGAGCUGGGUCGACGAGGUCAGGGUCUUGUCAUACAUGAUGGAGGACAUCAUUGAAAAGUUCCUGGUGUGCGUCGAGGGUGCUGAGCCUGCCGUCAAGCCGUGCAAGCUCAAGCAGCUAAUGGAGAAGUUGGGAGACUUGUUCGCCAAGAGCAAGACUCGCUAUGAGAUCUCCGACGACAUUAAAGGCAUCGAGGUCCGUGUCCAGGAAGCAGCAGACCGGCAUGAUAAAUACAAGGUGAAUGAUGUAUUUGCUAAUCCAGCUGGUCCAAUGAUUGCGGACCCUCGCCUAUUGACUGUGUAUACGGAUAAAAAAGAUCUAGUUGGAAUUGAUAUACCGCUGAAAGAGCUAGCCAACAUGCUGAGUGAUGGGCAUGAUGAUGUGCACAAGCAGCUCAAGAUAAUCUCUAUCUUUGGAUUCGGAGGCCUUGGCAAGACAACUCUUGCCAAAGCGUUGCAAGAUAAGUGCCAAUCCUAUUUUGAUUGCAGCGCUUUUGUUCCGGUGGGAAGGAAACCUAGCGUGAAGAAUCUCCUCAACGACAUUCUCUUAGCUAUUGACAAGAAUACGUACCCCGAGUGGGAUGAAAGGCAGUUGAUCGACGAACUACAAGGAUUACUCAAGAACAAGAGGUAUUUCAUUGUUAUUGAUGAUAUAUGGGAUACAGAAACAUGGGAUAUAGUCAGAUGUGCUUUGGUUGAUAAUAAUUGUGCAAGCAGGAUAUUAACAACUACUCGUAUUCUUGAUGUUGCUACAAAGAGCUCUGAAGUAUACAGGCUAGAACCACUUUCACGUGGUUUAUCCGAGGAUUUAUUCCAUUCAAGAUUAUUUGGUGUUAAUAGCAAAUGCACAUCUGAUCUGCCGGCCGAGAUAUACGGCAAAAUUUUGCAUAGAUGUGGUGGUGUACCCUUGGCUAUAAUCACAACUGCUAGUCUGCUUGUUAAUAAACCGGUGGAGUUUUGGUCUAAGAUAUACAACUCAAUCGGUUUUGGGCAUGGAGAUAACAAAGAUGUUGAGAACACUAGGAUAAUACUUUUAUUUAGCUACCACGAUCUACCUUGCCACCUAAAGACCUGUUUAUUGCAUAUGAGCAUUUAUCCGGAAGAUCAUCUGAUCGAGAAAGAUAGUUUGAUAUGGCUGUGGGUUGGCGAGGGUUUCAUCCAACAAGAACCAGGGGUAGGAUUAUAUGAGAUUGGCGAGAGAUAUUUGAACGAGCUGAUCAACAAAAGCAUGCUACUGCCAGUAGAAACCAUGGAAAACGGCAUCAUAACUAGUGGUUGUCGUGUCCAUGAUAUGGUACUAGAUAUGAUUUGUGUAUUGGCAAAGGAAGAAAACUUUGUUACAAUAUUGGGUAGUAACGAGCAAUACACAUCUUCAUUUUCAAAUGCUCGUAGGUUAGCUAUUGGAGCGAGAAAGGACUGUCUGGGUAGUGUUCACAUGCUACAAGUAAGGUCACUGAAUGUCAUGUGCUGUAGUGAAGAGAUGCCAUCACUUUCAUACUUUCAAGUUUUGCGUGUCCUAAAUCUGUUAGGUACUGCUGAUUUUGUUUUCAAGAAUAAUAAUGUGCUUGAGCAUCUGGAAAAGUUUGUUCACUUGAGGUAUCUCGGGAUAGGUGGCAAUGGUAUCAGCGAGGUCCCAGAAGAAAUAGGUUAUCUGAAGUUCUUACAGGUGCUGGACUUUGGUAGUAACCACAGGAUAUGUGGACUGCCGAAGAGUAUUGGUCUACUAAGUCAACUCAAGUGCUUGAAUGCCCCUCAUGUAAAAGUGGGGACAGACGGGAUUGGGGGCCUGAAAGCAUUGGAAGAUCUCAGCGUGGGUAUUAUUAUCGAGCCAACUGAAGUGUUGAUCUUUGUAACCGAGCUUGGCAAACUCACAGAGUUGAGGAAGCUCAGCAUUCGCGGUUUAGUGAUCAACAGUGUGAGCUCGAUACAAGCUUGGACUAGGUCUCUAGUCAAGUUACAGAAAAUCCAAGUCAUAGACGUGCAGUAUGCCCAUACAUGGAUCUUCAAUGACGUCAUCUUGGAAGAUUACGUCCCUCCUCAACAACUCUGUGUUUUCAAUCUCUCGUACAACCAUCAUGGGCCAUAUGAAAGCAUUAAAUCAUCAUCUCUUCCAAACUUGUCCCAUUUAUCUGUGCAUGUGGAUAGUCCAGAUGUGGAUUUCUUUGCAAGGUUUCCAGGGCUUGUUUAUCUCGAACUAGAUAUCCAUCGCCCCAGCCAAGGCCAUUUCCUCAUGGGCGGUGCAGGUGUAGGAUUAUUCCCCAAACUGAGGGUUUACAAGACAAGUGCAACACCUGGCUCAUUUCUACCAGGAGCUAUGCCGAGCCUUGAAUACCUCGAGUUCUCGGUUGAUGUGUGGACCUCUAGGGAUGGGGACCUUCACUUUGACUGUGGUAGCUUGGUGAAUCUCCCUAUGCUGCAAAAGGUCAAUAUUUUUAUGUGCUCCGGUAAUCUUAUCAAGGAGGAGGACUGGUGCAAGGCUGAGGAAACUGUGAGACACGCCAUUGACAUCCAUCCCAGCCAUCCUGCGCUUAACAUAGAAGAUUGGAGAGGUGAAAUAGCCCUUCUUGAUCUAAGAGAGCUGUGCUGCUCCAACCUGCAUCAAGGCUUGACUAAAAUUCAGGCCUACCUUCUUAAAAAUAAUGUUAAUCGUUCAAGCUGUUCAAUAGAUCAAGAUCAGACUGAUCACACCUCGCCCGCGAGGCUGCCUCCUCCCAUCGUGCGGCCUCAGCGCCAACCCGUCGUGUCCGCUCUGCCCCGCCACAACCGCUCUCCAUACCUGCCCAUCCUCGAGCUCGAGCUGCUCCGCGUCGAGCUCGGGAGCGUCAGCAGCCGCCGCGCCACCUCAUAG